AUGGGCAAGAUGGCAGAGAUGCAGCGCAAGCUGCUCGAGCAAAUGAUGGGCCCCGAGGCGAUGGGUUUCCAACCGCCCAACCUCGACUGGUGGAAUGAGAAGGUGUGCAGGGAUUACCUUUUUGGUACCUGCUUGCACGACACUUUCAGCAACACUAAAAUGGACCUCGGACCGUGUCCCAAGACCCACUCGGACCGCAUCCUGAAGCAGUUCAAGGAGGCGCAGGAGGCCGACCCCAGCGACCCACGCAUCAACGCGUUCCGCCAGCAGCACGAGAACACCAUCUACCAGUUUGUCGACGACUGCGACCGCCGUAUCCGCGCGAGCCAGCGCAAGCUCGAGAAGACACCAGAGGAGAACCGCAAGACGGUCGACUUGAUGAGGGAGAUUGGAGAGAUUGAGCUGUCCAUCCAGGGCGGUACCGAGGAGAUUGAGGCGCUCGGCGAGGCCGGCAAGGUUGAAGAGUCGAUGGAGAAGCUGGCCGCUGUCGACGCGCUCAAGCAGCUCAAGUCGGACAAGGAGAAGGAGCUGCAGAUCCUGAACGAGAAUGCCGGCGCUAGCGGCCACCAAAAGCUGCGCGUGUGUGAGAUCUGUGGUGCCAUGCUCUCGGUUCUCGACUCGGACAAGCGUCUUGCCGACCACUUUGGCGGUAAGAUGCAUCUCGGCUUCCACGAGCUGCGCAAGAUUAUGGGAGAGUGGGCCGAGCAGCGUAUGCGCGGCCCUUCCCACUCGCACUCGCACGCCCACGGCCACUCGAGCGCACCGACCGGCGCGCCUCCCUCCUCGGCACCUCCCCCUCCCGCCGGCGCGCGCCCCGCUGUCCCGCCCUUCCCCCUGCCCUCGUCGUCGGACAAGCGCGACUCGAGCCGCGACCGUGAGGGCCGCGAGGCUGGUGAGCUGGUCGAGGACGGCGCACCCCGCGGCGCACCCAGCUCGGCGGGUGGCCCACCCCCAUCGCGAUACGACGACAGGGACCGCGACCGCAGUGACCGCGAUCGCUCGCGCGGUGAUCGCUAUGAUGACCGUGGCGACCGCGACAUGUACGGUGGCCGCAGCAGCGACCGGUACGGAGACCGCGGCGGCGACAGGUAUGGAGGCGGUGGUGGUGACAGGUACGACGACCGAGAGCGCCGAGACCGGUACAGUGACGACCGGAGACGUUCGGAGCGCUCGAGGUCGCCCUCCAAGCGCAGGGUUGUGUAG